AUGUUUGGCGCUUUCUUUGCGCAUCUUCCGCAGUGUUGGGACUACGAAUUCGACCUCGACGAUCUGACGACUGAAACCAAUCAGAAAACAAAUGAAAUCCAACCUUCUCAAGCAGAGGAUAUCCAAGAACCAAUCAGCGAUCGAGGACAAGAUCCGUGUGUCGUGAUCCCAUUCAAGGAACUCAUCAGCAAGCUCAUCCAUCAGACCAACAACAAUCAACAGAGGCUAGAAGAAGGAAAAGAGAGCCACUCUACGAUGAUCCUCAUCGCCUCCAAAUCUGUCUAUUUUGGCAUUGGUGGCAGCACCCAUUCGUGGGAAGCUAGGUCCAGACCCAGGAUUAUUGUAAAAGCGAGUGCCUACAAGCUGCCCAGUCGCUCCCUACCUCAAUCCGCACGCAUAGAAUGUAAACCAUCAGGACCCAGCAAUUCCUGGAGAAAGAAGUUCAUUACUAGAUUUAUGAACAUGCGUCAAAGUCUUCAAGUCCAGGAACCAUGGCAUUGGGAUCUCACCAAGAAUUUUCAUUGA